AUGUCAUAUCCACCUGUUCCUCUGCCAAAUGGCCAAAAUCUUACAGCUACCCUGCAUAGCAAUUCAUACCCCGCUAUCGACUCCGCCACGAAAUCUAACCACAGCAAACAUAUAGUUUUCAUUACAGGUGCUUCGAAAGGUGUUGGCAGAGCUACAGCUAUAUCAUUCGCGAAAGCCGGAGCUGAAGGGAUUGCUAUCGGUGCACGUUCAGAUCUAUCUUCACUCGAGACAGAAAUCCAAGAGGCAGCAAAGGCGGCAGGAAAGGUCCCACCAAAAGUCUUAUUGAUCAAGCUUGAUCUGCUCAAUCACCAGAGCGUCAAAGAUGCUGUUGAAAAUGUCGAGAAGAGUUUCGGGCGAUUGGACAUUUUGAUCAACAAUGCGGGACACUUAGCGAACAGUCAAUCGAUAAUUGAUUCAGAUCCUGACGAUUGGUGGCAGACAUUCGAAGUCAACAUACGUGGUGUAUAUUGGAUGACACGUGGAUUUCUCCCUUUGAUGUUGAAGGGCGGACUAAAGACAAUCGUCAAUGUAGCUAGUACCGGAGCCAAUUCAUUACGACCUGGAGCUAGCGGGUAUCAAACGUCGAAGUUCGCAUUACUUAGAUUCACAGAGUUUACGAUGACGGAGUAUGCGGAACAAGGAAUACUGGCUUAUUGUGUACAUCCUGGUGCUGUUGCUACGGAUAUGGCAAAGAAAUUGCCGGCAUAUCUUCAUGAAGUCUUGAGGGAUAAUCCAGAAGUUGCGGGCGAUUCCAUGUGCUUCUUAUCACAAGAGAGGAGAGAAUGGUUAGCUGGGAGGUAUAUAAAUUGCACUUGGGAUAUUCCAGAGUUCUUGGGUAAAGAAAAAGAUAUCGUGGAAAACGAUAAAUUAAAGGAGAGAAUGCUAUUCUAG